AUGUCCGCCCCUUCUACCAGCGGGCGGGACUCGGAAAGGGCGAAUAGCAAUGCGCUGUCGACGGUCACUGCCCGGUUCACUCUCCAUCUGCACCCCUCCAAAACACAAGAUGUCAUUGAGGGCGUGCGGGAGCAGCUGAAUCUUGGCCUGCUGCGGUACUCUGAGGACCUGGGCGGAGUGGUGCUGGCGUACAGCAAUGAGCGCGUGACUGGCCGCAUGGCGCGGCUGCACCCCUACUUCCCAUUCCUGGCCGUCGCCGUUGUGGCCCGAGUCACGCUCUUCUGCCCGCGGCCGGGGCAGCACCUGGUGGGGCGCGUGAUCAAGGUGGGCACCGACUACGUUGGGCUGCUCGUUCUGGGCGUCUUCAACGCAGCUAUCGGUGCUGAGCGCAUAAGGCGCGAGUUCAAGUGCUCACCCGAGGCUGGCUGCUGGGUCAGCCUGAGGGAUGCCACCCACCGCAUCCUGGUUGGCAGCUACGUGCGCUUCGUGGUGGAUAGUGUGCUGGACCACGCCAGCCUGUUCAGCAUCGUCGGGUCCCUGCUGGACGCCGGCACGGGCGAGGAGGGCCACUGCAGCAGCAUAACUGGCACGCAGCAGGCUUUGGCCAGCAAAAAAGCGGAGCAGCAGCAGCGGCCAGGCAGCAAGGACCGGCAUCGGCGGCGAGACGGGGAGCAGCAGCAGCAGCAGCAGCAGCAGGACGGGAAGGCGGGGAAGGGCAAAAGGAAGGAGAAGCAGGUGGACAAGGGUGAGGGCAUGGACAAGAGGCGCAAGCACGGCGCAGGAGACGGCACCCCUGCCGCCAAAAAGAAGAAGCACAAAACGAGCUGA